CUUUUAUUUUUGCAGAUAGAAAGCACAUUUGUACGCGCAAUAAAUAGAACGGCAAGCAGUGGCGCUAGACUACAGUAUCUGCAGUCUGCAGUGGUUACCUGUCUGGAUUGAAUGCUACCAUCGUCCUUUUUGUCCCUCCAGAAGCUACAUCUCUACAUCUCUACAUCUUUGGUGGUUUUGAACACCAUUCAGUACGCAUGUGUCCAUCCUUCCCACCUCUCACCUCUCACUUUUUUUUCCUUUCUUCGGCCCCCCCCCCCCUCUUUCUCUCUUUACAUCUCAUUCCCGCAUUACCUGCCUGGUCCUCUCCUUCUCUCUUUUUAUCUCCCUCUCUUCCUCAUUCUUUUACCUUCUUUACCGCCCCGUUGGCCUGUUAAAACAAACCAUUGCUCUUACAAAUCCAGGUCCCCAUUACCGUCUUUCAGGACUCUUCUACGUGCUCUCUAUGUAAGGACCAAUGUAACAGAGCAUUAUCAACAACUGGUGCUCAUAACACGGCCAAUCCCACCUGUCGCACUCCUUGUCCCUGUCUGGCCAUUCCAGAUGUAUAUUAUCCCUCUUUCUUCUCUUAACCUUUACCUCUUCUUCCAUUCGUUUAACUCUACCUCACCUCACUUGCCCAUUCAUCCAUAACACCCUGCAAUACGCUGAAGCGCUCACUCUCUCUUUCCUGCCAAAAGCUCUUCCAGUCACGGUCUACCCUACUCGAUCGGAAAUAUCCUCCUGAAAUUUUUACGUGGUUUUGGUAC